AUGGCUGCAAGGGAGCAGCUGGGAGCCACAGGAAGCCUGUGGCCAUCAGAGCCAAUUAUUCUGGGGCCAAAGGAAUCUGCCCGGCAGCUGGUCCUGAGGAAGAUCCAGGAACUCACCAUUGCGGGCCGCCAAGACCCCUUCAUGGUGGCUGACUUGGAUGUGCUGGCCAGCCGCCACCAGACCUUCCUCCAGGCCCUGCCCCAAGUCCAGCCCUUCUAUGCAGUGAAGUGCAACAGCAGCCCCUGGGUGCUGUUCAUCCUGGCUGCCCUGGGCACUGGCUUUGAUUGUGCCAGUCAGGUUUCUUUGGGACCUGACACUCUCCCAGUGAAGGACCUGGUCCCAGAAGGGGUUCACUGGAAGGUAUCCCCACUAGUUCAGGCUAAGGCACUGUCCCCAAAGAGUCAGGGAAGGCAGGGACUGCAGGGCAGCCCCAACUCUGACCUUCACCCAUGCCAGGGGGAGCUGGAGCAAGUGCUGGGCUUGGGCGUAGCCCCCUCACGAAUCAUCUUCGCCAACCCAUGCAAGGCCAUCUCCCACAUCCAGUAUGCAGCCCGCCAUGGGGUGCAGCUUCUGACCUUCGACAGUGAGGAGGAACUGGCUAAGGUGGCCCAGCACCACCCUGGGGCCAGGUUGGUCCUCCGGAUAGAGGCCCGGGACAGUCAAAGCACCUUCCCACUGAAUGCCAAGUUUGGAGCUCAGCUGGAGUCAUGCGCACACUUGCUUCAGGCUGCCAGAGAGCUGGGGUUGGCCGUGGUGGGGGCCUCCUUCCACGUGGGUUCCGACUGCCAGACACCCCAGAGCUACAGGCAGGCCAUCGCUGACUGCCAUCGUGUAUUUGAGAUGGACCGCAGGGUGGGUCACUGCAUGAGCCUCCUGGAUCUCGGAGGAGGCUUCCCUGGAACUGAGGGCUCUGAAGCUAAAUUUGAGGAGAUGGCUACAGUGAUCAAUGCUGCCCGGGCCCAGUACUUCCCAGAGGGGACUGGUGUCCAGGUCAUCGCAGAGCCUGGCCGCUUCUAUGCGGAGUCUGUAUGCACAGCUGCCGUGAACGUCAUAGCCAAGAAAGCCUCCCUGGAGCCAGGAGACCACAGGAAGAUGGCAUACUAUCUCAAUGAGGGCUAUUACGGUGCCUUCCGAAUCUUCCUCAGGGAACCUGUCCCCAGGAUACCCAUUGUGGUGAAGGAGUUCCCCUCAGAGCCCCGCCUCUUCCCCUGCACCCUCUAUGGCCCCACAUGUGAUGCCUCCGACAAGCUCUCCUUGAAGGAGGUCCAGCUGCCAGAGUUGGAUGUGGGUGACUGGCUGAUUUUCCCUGACGUGGGUGCAUACAAGACCUCCAUGAGUUCCACCUUCAAUGGCUUCCCGAUCAUAACGGUCUACAAUGCCGUGGGCCCCCAGCUCAGGAGCCUACUGGAGACAGCACCUUAGGCCGGCACAUGGUCAGAAUGGAGACACACCUGUCUCUGUCAAGGCUUUCCCGACCUGCCAGGGUUGUGUCACAACCUAGCUCCAUCAUCUGAAUGAAUCUUCCAGCAUCCUUGAACUGAAGAGAAUUCUCCCCCAGACAGCCCAUGGAAGGUGUGGGCUGCAGACACCUCCCAUGGAUGUGGGAAAGACUCGGCCUUCAUUACAGUGUGCUACUCAUUGGACCUCUCUGGAGCUUGCAAAUUGGGAGUGGAAACAUUAAUCUCUACCUAUCAAAGGAGUUUUCAAAGUACAAAUAUGUCCUGGCUUUGGUAAAAAU